AUGGACGCAGUAUGGGGUAGUCGUAAUGGUCCAGGAGGAUCAGGAUUGCCGUGGUGGGAGUUCCCAUCAGCAAUGAAUUGCUCAGGUCCUUCUGGAGGUUCUGAAGAUAAUCAACAGCAGUUCAAUGCCUCGCGUGGUUUAUUUCCGUGUCCAAAGUGCAACAAGGUUUAUCAAUAUAAAUAUACACUGGGAACUCAUCUAAGGUUUGAAUGUGGAAAGGAACCUCAGUUCCAAUGUCCAUAUUGCCCCCAUCGCUCAAAACUGAAAGGAAAUCUGAUGAAACAUAUUCGUAAAAUACAUGCUAGCAUUAUAGGAUCUGAUUGGAGGACCUCCAGAGCUGAUGUCGAUUCUGCAGCAUUACAAGUGGUGCUUGGGCAGCCAUUUGUUGGCUCACAUCAUACUGCUCCAAUGCACACAAUUCCCCAGUUUCGCUGUCACCGCUGUCUGCGCCCUUAUCGGUACAAGAAUACUCUACGUAGACACCUUAAUUUGGAGUGCGGAAAGGUGCCUCAGUUUCAAUGCCCAAUAUGCCCUCAUCGAACUGCCCAGCACUCCAAUCUAAUGAGACACCUUAGAACUAAUCAUGCUGAUCGUAUGCCAGUAGAUACCAGUGCUGGUCAAUUAUUUGGAUAA